UGGGGGCGAGGGGGAGGGCGGCGAGCAACUGGGAAGACUACAGGGAAGGUGCGUAAUUUGCAUUUUUAAUGAGCACCCGCCCGCGCCUUCCCGCCCAAGUGAUUCUGGAGUAGAUGGGCACAGAACUCAUCUGGAGUCGCAGUCUUACGUGUCACAGGAGCACAGUAGGGAGCAAAGUGAGGGCCUAUCAGGGGCAGAGACCCGGAGCUCCCGCGGUCCCGUCUGGAAGCCCGGAAGCCCAGCCACCGCACCGCGCUGCGCUCCAAGGCCUCCUCCCCGUGACGCCGCCGCGCACCUCUCUCGCUGCUCGGGCCCCCAGCCCCGCGGACACAGGAGCAGGGAAGGCUAUGAGUGCAGCGGAGAUACGGGGCGGAGACGAGUGGCCAAGCCGGCAAGGUCCUCCCCUGGCGCCAUACCCGAAGCCUCCCCUCCAGGUGAGUUCAGGCCGCCGCGCAACUUACUAGCCAUUGCUUUGUCGAGAAGCACCAUGGCCUCCUAGGGCUGAACUGAGGUCACCGGGCCGACGGCGGCGCCGCGAAGGGCGGGGCAAAGCCGCGCGUCAGGGGCGGGGCCGCGACGCCGAGGCUCCGCCCCUACCCCACCUUCGGGCCUGCCCCCUCCGCGGGAAGGGUGUCGUCUUUGCUUCUCUCCUGGAACAACUUUUAAUCGCCCGUUGUUUUCCAUCAUCCCAGUAGUCAGAUCCUCGAAAGACAAAGGGAUGACUUAAAUCGAGGUGGCGUGCUAGUAAAUGUUUAACAGCCGGUCUCUCGGUUUCUCAGCAAAAGGGCUGAACCUCUAUCUGGUUGGAUCACCUGGGGGGCCAGGGGAGAUACCACUUGCUGAUUGCCUUGGUCUAUUUGAACCAGUCGCUGUUAAGAGGAAUGGAAUUUCUAUAGGUUGAUUUAGGCACUCUAGACGUCACUGGGGUCGUACUACACAAGGCUGCUACGUAAUGGGGAAGGCGAAAAGAGAAACUUAAAAGUUAAGACAAUAUCCUCAACAAUAAUUCAGUCCUCUAAUAUGCUGAAAUCUGCUAAUAUUGUUUUAGGAUAUUUGCAUUUAUAUUUAUUGGUCAGGAUUGUGUUUUGACUUUUGUGUUUUGUGUGUGCUUUUCUCAGGUUUGGGGAUCAAAAAUCAUAAAACGAGGCACAACAUUGUGAAUCAAUAUACUCAAUUUUUUAACAUCAUAAAAAGUUUGCUAUCCUUUUUAAUGCUCUGGAAUUGUUUAAGAAAUUAUGUUGAAGAGUUCCCGUAGUGGCGCAGUGGUUAACGAAUCUGACUAGGAACCAUGAGGUUAAGGGUUCGGUCCCUGCCCUUGCUCAGUGGGUUAACGAUCCGGCGUUGCCGUGAGCUGUGGUGUAGGUUGCAGACUCGGCUCGGAUCCAGCGUUGCUGUGGCUCUGGCGUAGGCCGGUGGCUACAGCUCCGAUUCAACCCCUGGCCUGGGAACCUCCAUAUGCCGUGGGAGCGGCCCAAGAAAUAGCAACAACAACAACAACAAUAACAACAACAACAAAAUAAA